GUGGUUUCUGUGGAGCCCAGGCGCGGAGUCGCUGGAGUCCUGGGCGGUCUGGUGCUGAGCAGCGAGGGAUCCCGCGGUCUAGUGGAAAGAGAGGGAUCAUGACUGGCGGAGAUCGUUCACAUGUAUAGAAAACUACAUACCGUUUGCUUCCUGGAAUGGCAGCCUGGGUCAUCCUUCCCGUUAGCCUGUCCGUCUCCACCAUCACAGCAUUGUGGGUCGUGUAUGCAGUGGCAGUGCAGAAUCAUCACGUUUGCCCUGUGGACAACUGGACCUACAAUGACUCAUGUGAUGAGAAAUUCGACCAAGAUGAACCUAAAAACUGUUGUACAUUAGAUGACAUCCCAUUGGUCAGUAAGUGUGGUACCCUCCCUCCCGAGAGCUGUCUCUUCAGUUUGAUCUGCAACACUGGUGCUUUUAUGGUGAUGUUGCUCGGUUUACUGCGCUAUGCACAUGUGAAGGAGAGACACCAGAAGUGUUUACUGAAUACCGCAGCACUGGUUACGUGUUGGAGCUGUGCUGCAGGGCUCAUCAUUGUGGGAAACUUCCAGGUUGACAAUGCUAAAGUGAUACACUACAUUGGUGCUGGGAUAGGAUUUCCCAAUAGUAUGUUGUUCAUCUUUUUCCAAACCAUCCUCACCUACAAGAUUGCAAAGAAUUCGCUGGAUUAUCGGAUAGGUCACUGUCGAGCCGUUCUUACCGUUCUGGCUUUCAUCAACCUUGCCCUUAGUGGGGUCUUCUUCAUUCAGCAAAGCUCAGAUCUUCAGCAUGCAGCGGCUAUUUGCGAAUGGAUUUUCACUAUUAUUGUCCUCGUUUUCUAUGGGACCUUUGCAGUGGAGUUUGGCUCUAUCACUCAAAACACCCUUCUGGAAAUGCUGACAAAGGAAACACAGAAGACCCACUGUAAAUCAGACAACAGAAGAGUUCCCAGAAUACAUGGCAACUGCACACAAGAGGCUGUGGCUAUGAUCUAGACUUUGAAAUAUCAACAGGCAGGUUGAUCUGUAAUUUUUGCCUUAAAGCACCAUAAAAAUCCAAAUGAUCAGGAUAUCUCUGUGGCAUUCCUGUUUGAUGUAAAGUGGCAAAGAGAUACUCGAUGUAAUCAAAAUACUACAGUUGAAGCCAUCUUGAGAAGACAAGCUUGUCUAUUUCCAUUGGUAUUUUUGAAACAUUUAUCUUAAAUUUAAUUUUUUAAUAAAAGUUUGAUUUUUAUAAUAGAAUGAAUGAUAUAUUUUUGGCAGCAAUUGAAAUGUUUCUAGCACUGGCCAAUGUAAAUGGAUGGCUAAGCAGCCAUAUUUUAGUUAUAAUGAUAAUUUUUUAAAAAAGGUAUUACAUUUGAUAUUGAUUCUGUAUUCUCUGUGUUGAUAAAAUGUCCUCAUUAUCCAUAUCACUCAUUUAUAUCUCUAUAGCCUCUUUGUUUCCAUAACUCCAUAUUCUUUUCUGAUCUCCAGUUUAAUUUGGCUUGUUUCUGGCUAUCAUGCCUUCAAGAUUUGGAAUUCCUUUAAUAAACUUAUCUUCUGCUGUACCUCUCCCCUGUUAUUUUAAGUAUCCAUUCAAUUACAUCCUUUGUAGUAUUGUAUAAGCAUAUAAUGUCACAUUAUAUAUUGUUGUGGACACAUUUUAUGUACAUGGUCUGGGAACAACCUUGAA